AAGAGAACAUGCCUUUCACAAAGCAUCUCCUUCAUUCCUCUCCAGAAGAGAAGAGGAAACACAAGAAAAACCACCUAGUGCAGAGCCCCCAUUCCUGCUUUCUGGAUGUGGAAUGCCCAGGAUGCUAUAAAAUUACCACUGUCUUUAGCCAUGCACAAACUGUAGUCUUGUGUGUUAGUUGCUCCACUGUCCUCUCUCAGCCCAUGGGCUGUAAAGCAAGUGUGACAGAAGGAUCCUCCUUCUGGAGGAAGCAGCACUGA